AUGUCGAAUCUCAAGUGCAAUAACAGCUCCCAAAGUUUAGCAUGGGCUAGGAGCGUUCGAGUCACAGAGCUAGUCGUGCCAGCUGCCGCUAUUGUUGGAGAGUCCGUCACAUUGAUGUGCAGCUACGACUUGGGCAAUGAAGAACUGUACGUCGUCAAAUGGUACAAGGAUGAUAUCGAGUUCUACAGAUAUGAACCAAAGGAUGAUAAUCAGUUCGUAUACUUUCCACAGCCUGGAAUAGAUAUUGAUCUCACCAGAACCAACAGUAAUAUCGUAUUCCUCAGAACAGUAGCUUUGGAUUCAGCAGGAAAUUACAAAUGUCAAGUUUCCACAGAUGCUCCAACGUAUAGUUGUGUACAAGCAGUGAAAGAAAUGAACGUUAUUAUAUUGCCAAUAGAAGGCCCUCAGAUAACAGGGGGUGAAAGCACCUACGAGCUGGGGGACAAUAUUACUCUCAACUGCACUUCUGCAGAAUCAAAGCCCGCUGCCAAUCUUCAGUGGUUCAUCAAUGACCAAUCAGUACCUGAUGAAGAAACAGAUGACCAUGGUGUAUUUGUCAAGAAAGACAGAUUACAAAUUUCUUCGAAAUCCUUGAAUCUAAAGCUCAGAAAAAGACUUUUUCGAAGAGGAAAAUUAUCUCUUAAAUGUGAGGCAUCCUUUUAUGGCACUGUAGCUACCAUCAGCAAAGAAAUAACAUUGCUAGAAAUCGACAGUGCUUCUGCGUGUUGCUGUCAUUGCAUAUUGCUGUUAAUUUCAAUCAUUCUGACCUUUUCUUCUUCAAUUAGGUAUUUGGAGUAUUUUCCGUCCUGAGAUACUAUACGAAGAUUGAUUUCUGCACAUAAAUUCCAAAAUGUGGAUCAUCAACCACCAAAACUUUUGAUGAAAC